AUGGCGCGAUUGCGGGUAAGGGUGACUGGCAGAAGGCAGUCGCAGACUCAAACGGAGACUGCAUGUUACCCGCGUUCGCGCCAUGACGCGAACGCGGGUAAGAGUACCUCGCAUCCGCAGUCGCGCCAUGGCGCGAACGCGGGUAACAUGCACGCUGAGAUUCAUGCUACGAGGAUUCUCGUGGCCUUGGACGAGUGGAUGAACGACAACAACACGGUGGAAUUCCAGAAGAAGGUGUACGCCCCAGCGUACGAUCGCCUGCUGUCUGGCGUGGAGAUGAUCCGUCGGUUGGCCAAUCCGAACAACAAGGACUAUGACGAGGGCUGGGAAAACCUCUCGGAGUCCCUGAACGCCAGUCUGUCCAAGAACAUCAGGGUGUUCGCUGGGCUUCGGGUGGAUUCGCAGAGUGGGCAAGGCGAGGAGAAGUCCAAUGCGGACCUAGACCCUCUCAUCAACGCUGGGAAGGUGAAGGCUAGGUGGCGGUCGAGGGGUGGUGCUCCCGACAACGCUCAGGCUGGGCCGUCCAAUGCUGCGUCCAAGGAUAAGGCCUAG